CCCGUGAAGCCGGAGCAGGGCUUCGUGUGGCGGGAGGCGGCCGAGUUCGAGGCCGACGCGGCCGGCUCGACGGCGGAGCGCCACAAGAAGGCCCAGCUGGACCGGCUGGACAUCAACGUGCAGAUCGACGACUCGUACCUGGUGGAGGCCGGCGACCGGCAGAAGCGCUGGCAGUGCCGCAUGUGCGAGAAGUCGUACACCUCCAAGUACAACCUGGUCACGCACAUCCUGGGCCACAACGGCAUCAAGCCGCACGCCUGCCCGCACUGCGGGAAGCUCUUCAAGCAGCCCAGCCACCUGCAGACGCACCUGCUCACGCACCAGGGCACGCGGCCGCACAAGUGCCAGGUGUGCCAGAAGGCCUUCACGCAGACCAGCCACCUCAAGCGCCACAUGCUGCUGCACUCCGAGGUCAAGCCCUACAGCUGCCGCUUCUGCGGCCGCGGCUUCGCCUACCCCAGCGAGCUCAAGGCGCACGAGGCCAAGCACGAGAGCGGCCGCUGCCACGUGUGCGUCGAGUGCGGCCUGGACUUCUCCACGCUGACGCAGCUCAAGCGCCACCUGGCCUCCCACCAGGGCCCCACCCUGUACCAGUGCCUGGAGUGCGACAAGGCCUUCCACUACCGCAGCCAGCUGCAGAACCACAUGCUCAAGCACCAGAACGUGCGGCCCUUCGUGUGCACCGAGUGCGGCAUGGAGUUCAGCCAGGUGCACCACCUCAAGCAGCACUCGCUCACCCACAAGGGCGUGAAGGAGUUCAAGUGCGAGGUGUGCGGCCGCGAGUUCACGCUGCAGGCCAACAUGAAGCGGCACAUGCUGAUCCACACGAGCGUGCGGCCCUACCAGUGCCACAUCUGCUUCAAGACCUUCGUGCAGAAGCAGACGCUCAAGACGCACAUGAUCGUGCACUCGCCCGUCAAGCCCUUCAAGUGCAAGGUGUGCGGGAAGUCCUUCAACCGCAUGUACAACCUGCUGGGCCACAUGCACCUGCACGCGGGGAGCAAGCCCUUCAAGUGCCCCUACUGCUCCAGCAAGUUCAACCUCAAGGGCAACCUGAGCCGCCACAUGAAGGUCAAGCACGGCGUCAUGGACGUCGGCCUGGACAGCCAAGACCCCAUGAUGGAGCUGACAGGCACAGACCCCUCGGAGCUGGACGGCCAGCAGGAGAUGGAGGACUUCGAGGACAACAGCUACGCCUACGCGGGCGUGGACAGCAGCGCCGAGGCCAGCGUGCUCACGGAGCAGGCCAUGAAGGAGAUGGCCUACUACAACGUGCUGUAGUCUGCGGCCGCCGGCGGGCUGGCCGCUGCCGGGCCUCGGGCCAAACGCAGGCCGCACUGCCGGCCGGGCCGGCCCGGGCGCACACCCGAGGGGAGCGGGGACACGGCCAGCCUCGGCCUGCUGCUCGGGAGGGCCCGGCCCGGAGGAGGGCGCGCCCGGCCUUGCUUCUCCCCGACCGCUCUCGCUCCGGGCCCUGCCCAGCGGCCGCCGCCCCUCCGGCCCCUCCCUGUCGUGGGCAGCCAGGCAGGGCCUCUGCCUUCUACCUCCCGGUGCCUCCUUGAGCCCCCGCCCCCGCGGGCGAGCAGCGGGGGCCUGGGCGCCCUCCCGCCUCCUGGGGAGUGGGUGUCCCCAGGGCCAGUCGCUGUCCGGUUUCCUUAAGCCCCGGGGGCCGGCGGGCCAGGGCCGGCCGGUGCGGUGGACGGGGCUGUGGGGCCAGGGCCUCCGGGCCAGGCUGGGGUUUCCUUAUUUGCGGUUUCGGGGGCUCCCAGGCUCCAGGGAAGAGCUCCGUAUUUAAAGUGGACAAUGAGGAUCUGACGGAAGGAAGCUCGCUUGGAGCCAAGCGGGUGCCCGGAAGGUCACUCGUGGUUUCUUCGCCACCCCCGGGCCUCCUCUCUGAGGAGUGUCCCCCGCCUGGCCUGAAGGCGCAGCUGCGGCAGGACGCCCCGCCCCCCGCGG